UUCCUCGCACUGAAUAUCCUGGGGAGUAGCUCAGACUUGCUGAGCAGUGCGGUGGCCCCAGUGGAAGGGCCUGAGAGCUUCUAGGGACUGGGGGUGUGGCCUUUCCCCCCAGGAUGUUCCCAGAGUUCUCUGGGCCCUGUAGCUUAAGCCCCUCCUUCCCACGUCAGUGUUUUCAGGAGACCCCUCUGUGAGGGGUGAGGGGCCUGCUUUGUGCUGGCCUCAGAGGGAGCCCCGGGACCGCGGCCUCGUCCUCCCGGCCCUGCACGGUGCGGGCAGUGGGGCCCCUGGGGAGGUUCACCCCUCCGGAGACAGUGCGCCCCUGGCCCGGCUCCAAGCCCUUGUGGGCCCCUCUCCACAGGGCGCCAUGUUCUGGAAGUUUGACCUGCACACCAGCUCGCACAUCGACACGCUGCUGCAGAGGGAGGACCUGGCCCUGCCCGAGCUCCUGGACGAGGAGGACGUGCUGCAGGAGUGCAAGGUGCUGCACCCCAAGCUGCUGGACUUCCUGCUGAGGCCGGCCCACCUGCAGGCCCUCGUGGACUGGGUCACCCAGGAGCCCCCGGCCGUGGGCGACGAGCGGCUGCGCUACAAGUACCCCAGCGUGUCCUGUGAGAUCCUGACCUCGGAUGUCCCCCAGAUCAACGAUGCCCUUGCGGAAGAUGAGGCUCUUCUGGACCGCCUCUAUGGCUUCCUCCAGAACAGGGACCCCCUGAACCCCCUGCUGGCCAGUUUCUUUAGCAAGGUCAUGGGGAUCCUGAUUAACCGAAAGACAGACCAGAUCGUGUCCUUUCUGCGGAAAAAGGCCGAUUUUGUCUCCCUGUUACUCCAUCACAUCGGGACCUCGGCCAUCAUGGACCUGCUGCUGAGGCUGCUGACCUGUGUGGAGCAGCCACCGCUGAGGCAGGAGGUCUUUAACUGGCUGAACGAGGAGAGGAUCGUGGAACGUCUGAUCGACAUGAUCCACCCGGACCGGGAUGAGGGCCAACACUCCAACGCGGCGCAGUCUCUGUGCGACAUCGUGCGCCUGAGCCGGGAGCAGAUGCUUCCCACCCGGGACCCCGCGGAGCCCGAGCGGCUGCUGGCCACGCUGGAGAAGCAGGAGACCAUCGAGCGGCUCCUCGGCAACAUGUUCGGGAGCGACCAGAACGAGUCCGUGAUCGUCAGCGGCAUCCAGGUCAUUCUGACCUUGCUGGAACCUCGCCGGCCCAGGGCGGAAGCGGGAGGCGUGGGCGGCUUCGCUGUGGACGGCCAGCUGGAGCUGGUGCCCCCGGGGGGCCCCGAGAGCCCCCCGCGCGGCCAGGCCAACCUGGGGACGCUGAGGGCCCUGAGGCAGUGGCUCUCCCACUUCCACCGGCUGCUGCUGGAGCCCCCCACACAGGAGACCCUGCGCACCACCUGGGGGAGCCUGCAGCCCCCGCUGGGCAACACGCGGCUGCACGUGGUGAAGCUCUUGGCCAGUGCCCUGAGCGCCAACAACCCGGCCCUGACGGGGGAGCUGCUGGGCAUGGACACGCUGAACGCCAUGCUGGACCUCUUCUUCACCUACGUUUUCAAUAAUUUCCUGCACGCGCAAGUGGAGACGUGGGUGAGCAGCGUGCUGGGCGCGGCGCCGGCCGGGGGCGAGGAGGGGCCCGAGGCCCCGGACCCCAAUCCCGCCGUCAGACACCUGCUCCAGAAAUGCCGGCUGGUGGAGAGGAUCCUGGGCGCCUGGGAAGAGAACGACCGCGAGCAGUCGGAGGGAGGCCGCAGGAAGGGAUACAUGGGCCACCUGACGCGCAUCGCCAACGCCGUGGUGCAGAGCGCCGAGAAGGGCCCCAACGCCGCGCUGGUGGGCCAGCUGCUCCCAGAGGUACUGGGGGAGCAGCAGCAGGUGUGGGAGAAGUUCGUGUCGGGGCCCCUGUCGGAGACCAACCAGAAGAACGCGGUGGACCUGGUCAGCACCCACAACCUGCAUUGCUCCAGCGACGAGGAGGAGGAGCGCCUGAAGGGUUUCGCCUUCCCCCAGGAGGCCGUGCUGCAGCAGGCCUUCAUGGACUUCCAGAUGCAGCAGAUGACCUCGGCCUUCGUGGAGCAUUUUGGGUUCAACGACGAAGAGUUUGGGGAGCAGGAGGAGAACGUGAACGCCCCCUUUGACAAGACCGCCAGCAUCACCUUCUCCCUCAGCGCGGACGACGAGAGCCCCAACGCCAGCCUGUUCGAGCUCUGCUGCAAGGAGCGGCUGCAUCAGUUUGAGGAGGAGGAGGAGGAGGAAGGCCUGGGGUCGGGGGACUCGGACGGGGAGGAGGCCAUCUGGCAGGACGGCCAGCGGGGCCGGACCGUGCGGAGCAGCGGCAGCACAGACAGUGAGGAGGAGGAUGAAGAGGAGGAGGAGGAGGAGGAGGAAGCCAGUGGGACCAUGGGGGGCCUCAGCCCUCCGGCUUUUACCUUUCCCCACCCAGAAUCCCCUGGGCCGCCCCCCCGGGCGCCCAGGAAGCGGAUCCCCUCUGCUCCUCUCAGGGCCUCCUUGGACCCGCGCCCCGGCCCCCCCGGCUCCCCCGACGCACAGCACGUGGGCACGGCCCCGGACAGGGUGAGGGGCCCCCCGCCCCUGGCCGCCGCAAGAGCCCCUCGGGAACCGACGGAUGCCAAGGGCGCGCGCUGCCCCCGCCAAGCUCCGAGCCGGCCUGCAGCCACCCUCAGGGAGACGCGAGACCCUCUGAGAGCCUCCGGCCAGGACAGUGGGGAGCCGCCAUCAUCUCCCAGCGGUCCCGCUCCGGGGGGGCCCCCUCCCCCUGCAGACACCAAAUAAUCUGUCGUGUGGGGAUUGCCACCCCUGCCACUCCUUCCCUAGUGUGUCAGCCCAUUCCCUUCCUUCCCAGGACGGAGGUCUGGGAGCCCCCUUCCC